GAGGGGAGUGAGGGGCUCUGCGAAGCUUCGCAGUGGCUGCAUCUCUGGACGUGUGAGGUAGUAAUAUAGGGCCCCUGAGGAGAGACAGGGUGCAGCGUCUGGAGAUAGGAAAGAAUGAGGCGACUGGAAGGGUCUGGGUACACAAAUUUCAGAUAUAUGAUGGGAUUGGGAGGCUCUGAUGAGAUUCGAAGUGAGAAAUCUCAGGAGCUUUGAGGAAACCUGGGGGCGAUAGGAAUUUGGGCUGGGGAACAAGAUCUGAGAUCAGAGCAAACAGUCUAAUUGCUAACGAGAAAGGGAUUUCCGGAGCAGGAUCUGAGGGGAUCGAGGGAUGAGUUCCAGGGAGAAUCAGUAGGAAACAGUAUCCUGUUAGCUAAAAGAAGGACAUGGCAAAGGUUUGAAACCAACACAUGAGGUUGGAAGGAGGAAGGAGUAGGGUUUGAGGGCGGCACAGCGCCUGAUAGAAUGCAGGAGAUGGGGUUCAGAUUGAGACAGGGCAGAAAUCUGAGGUGUAGGACUGGGGCGUUUAGCUGGGAUGCAGGACUGAAGACUACAGAGAUUUGAAACAGGAAUUAAAGAAUAUGUCAGAGGGAUUUGGGGCACAUGAGUGAAUAAUAGGUGAGGGUUGUGAGACUGCAAUAUAUUGCUCAAAAUUCUAAAUUGUAAGAGGGUUGGGAACAGUGUUUAGAGAAGAUUGAAAUGGUGGAAUAGGGAUGCCUUAACUGGGCCAUGGAAUUGAAAGACUUUGGGUUAGAUUUGUGGGUUGGUUUCUUGGGCUACUAAAGGAAUUUUCUUGACCUCUCUGCAUGGAAAGCAGGAGGAGUUUGGGGGACCUAAUCACCUAAAAAUCACCUAUGAAACUGUGUAUGAGUGUGUGAAGUUUUAACAGAGUUCAAGGAUUUAGGAAUAAAGUCGUAGACAUUCCCUGUGAAAGGCAGAGUCUUCUUCACUUAUUAUCCAAGAUCCUUUAUUCUAAGAUAUGCAUGGUACUGCCACUAGCUCCUUUAACCAUCCUACUCUUUCUACUGCUUGAUGAAAGUGUUGGGCUUUGGAGAAGAGGAUGGUCAAAGCUAGAGACUUAAGCAGGAAUUUGACUCUCUGGGGCAUGAAUACUAAGCUAUUUGGUUCUGGGCUGUGCUAGCAGGACCCUUCAACAGAAGUGCAAUGGCCACAGCAGCUGCUUCUCACCUGAACCUAGAUGCCCUCCGGGAAGUACUGGAAUGCCCUAUUUGUAUGGAGUCCUUCACAGAAGAGCAGCUGAGGCCCAAACUCCUACACUGUGGCCAUACCAUCUGCCGUCAGUGCCUGGAGAAGCUUCUGGCCAGUAGUAUCAAUGGUGUUCGAUGCCCCUUUUGCAGCAAGAUUACACGCAUAACAAGCCUCACGCAACUGACAGACAACCUGACAGUGCUGAAGAUCAUUGACACAGCUGGGCUCAGUGAGGCCGUGGGCCUGCUCAUGUGCCGGUCGUGUGGCCGGCGACUACCCAGGCAGUUCUGCAGGAGUUGUGGUUUGGUGUUGUGUGAGCCCUGCCGGGAGGCAGAACACCAGCCUCCUGGCCACAGUACACUCCCUGUCAAAGAGGCAGCUGAGGAGCGGCGUCGGGACUUUGGAGAGAAGUUGACCCGUCUUCGGGAACUUAUGGGGGAGCUGCAGCGGCGGAAGGUGGCCUUGGAAGGUGUCUCUAAGGACCUGCAAGCUAGGUAUAAGGCAGUUCUUCAGGAGUAUGGGCACGAGGAACGCAGGGUCCAGGACGAGCUGGCUCGCUCUCGGAAGUUCUUCACGGGCUCUUUGGCUGAAGUUGAGAAGUGCAAUAGUCAAGUGGUAGAGGAACAGAGUUACCUACUUAACAUUGCUGAGGUGCAGGCUGUAUCUCGCUGUGACUACUUUCUGGCCAAGAUCAAGCAGGCCGAUGUAGCACUACUGGAGGAGACAGCUGAUGAAGAGGAGCCAGAACUCACUGCCAGCCUGCCCCGGGAACUCACCCUGCAAGAUGUGGAACUCCUUAAGGUGGGUCAUGUUGGCCCUCUCCAAAUUGGGCAAGCUGUUAAGAAGCCCCGAACAGUUAACGUGGAAGAUACUUGGGCCAUGGAGGCUGCAGCUUCUGCUGUCUCUACUUCUGUUACUUUUAGAGAGAUGGACCUGAGCCCUGAGGAAGUAGUUGGCAGCCCUAGGGCUUCACCUGCUAAACAGAGGGGUUCUGAGACAGCUUCCAAUAUCCAGCAGUGCCUCUUUCUCAAGAAGAUGGGGGCCAAGGGCAGCACUCCAGGCAUGUUUAAUCUUCCAGUCAGUCUCUAUGUGACCAGCCAAGGCGAAGUGCUGGUUGCCGACCGUGGCAACUACCGUAUACAAGUCUUUACCCGAAAAGGCUUUUUGAAGGAAAUCCGCCGCAGCCCCAGUGGCAUUGAUAGCUUUGUGCUAAGCUUCCUUGGGGCUGAUUUGCCCAAUCUCACUCCUCUCUCUGUGGCCAUGAACUGCCACGGGCUGAUUGGUGUGACUGACAGCUAUGACAACUCCCUGAAGGUAUAUACCUUGGAUGGCCACUGCGUGGCCUGUCAUAGGAGCCAGCUGAGCAAACCAUGGGGCAUCACAGCCCUGCCAUCUGGCCAGUUUGUGGUAACUGAUGUGGAAGGUGGAAAGCUUUGGUGUUUCACUGUUGAUCGAGGAGCAGGGGUGGUCAAAUACAGCUGCCUCUGCAGUGCUGUGCGGCCCAAGUUUGUCACCUGUGAUUCUGAAGGCACCGUCUACUUCACCCAGGGCUUGGGCCUCAAUCUGGAAAAUCGGCAGAAUGAGCACCACCUGGAAGGUGGUUUUUCCAUUGGUUCUGUGGGCCCUGAUGGGCAUCUGGGUCGCCAGAUUAGCCACUUCUUCUCAGAAAAUGAGGAUUUCCGCUGCAUUGCUGGCAUGUGUGUGGAUGCUCGUGGUGACCUCAUCGUGGCUGAUAGCAGUCGCAAGGAAAUCCUCCAUUUUCCUAAGGGCGGCGGCUAUAGUGUCCUUAUUCGAGAGGGGCUCACCUGUCCAGUGGGCAUUGCCCUCACUCCUAAGGGGCAGCUGCUGGUCUUGGACUGUUGGGAUCACUGCAUCAAGAUCUACAGCUAUCAUCUGAGAAGAUAUUCCACUCCUUAGAGGAUGAGAAAUACCAUUUUCCUCUGUUACCUAGUCAGCUUUCCUUCCCUUAGUUCUUGGGUAUUGGUGGUACUAUAGAAUAGACUUGGUGUAUGUCUUUUGAUUCCAGCUGGGUUGUCCUAGAAUUUUAGAAGCUCUAUCUUUCAGUGUUUGUUGUUUGUUAUUCCCUUCUCCUCGUGCCAGCCCCAAAUAAAUUUACAGCUUUAACAGAUGCAUUAUCCCAAAUAGGACACAUGAUGAUGUUAGCUGUGGUUUGAUUAGAAAUUAGUCACUUGCCAGGCUUCAGUAGAGCCACCUCAGCUCUUGUAUUUGAAAUUUGCCCUUGUAUUGAACCCUUGUUGAUUUUUUCCUUUUGAUGUCCCUGAUAUAUUGUUUCUUUCCUAUUAUAAGCUUCAUCUGUGGAACUUCCUCUUCAACUCUGGUUGCACUCUGUCUGCAUGCUUCAGUUGGAUCUGCUCAACCUUUCAGUGACAUUUCAGACAUUUACCCCUGCAGCAUGAUAUCUUAGGCUGAUCAGUGUGAAAGUACAUUUAUUAAGCGCCACCAAGGGAGAUACACAUUCCCUUUGGGAAGGAAUACCUUUUGGCUGGGAAUAUGUGCCAUCUUGGAUUAGUCUCUUAUUGCAGAUGUACCAGAGAAUGCACUGACCCUACCUGGUUAGUGUUGAAGACUUCACUGGGAAUUGUUUGCCUUUUAAAGGAACAUGUGGAUUAAAAUCAUGCCACAGCAUAGGAAGGUGGGAAUAAGCAAAUAUAAAUGUUCCUACAGCCAGGAAACUUUAAUAGUGUCUAGGACUCCUUAUGUUUCAUACUCCUUCCACCAACCUGUGAUAGAAGUUUGAGGAAUUGUAGAACACAGGCCAUGGCCAACAAAGUGGGGAUGUGGACAUACUCAUUUUCAUUACAAAAACAAACAACUUUUGGGUACUCUGUAUUUUCUUUAAGUGAGUGCAUAAUAUUUGGCUUUGGAAUUUAUUUCAGUUCUUCCCAGCAUUAAAUAAUUGAUAAUUGUUUCUUCAUCAGUGGUGGUCAUGUCCUUCAGUUAAAUACGGGAUUUGGGAGCCAAGGAGGACAACUUGUACUAUGCUGUUUUAUUUCCUUGCCUGACACUGUUCUUUGCAAUCAUAGGGAUCUAGCCAGGUCAGAAUUCAGCUGAAAGCACCAUUAUGUGAAGAUACUCCAAAUCGCACUUCCACUUGUGAACAGAAUCAGCCUCCAAUCUUUGGAGUCACCCUGUUCAAAACCAAGCCUUCACCACAUGGAUAUGUUUAAGUUUUAUAAUUACAGUUCAGAAAAGAAAACCAGAGUCGCACAUUUAAGACUAGAAGUGAAAGAAUCUGUGAUGAGAUUCCAUAACUUUGGUGUUUACUAAGCACCAUAUCUUGCUUUCUAGGUGCAGAGAUGAUGGCAAAGAAAAGGCUAGUGUCUUGCUUUCACAGAAACAGAAUUUCUAAACUGAGGUUCUCGUAACUAUUUUUAGAAGUUUCAGUGUUGCCUCCCCACCCCACUUCAGUUGUGAUUGGUUGCCACAGGACAGGUAAAGAAUUAAAGUGACCUUGAACUAGUUUGUCUUUCGCUUUUCACCGAGAGAAAGCCCCAUGUUCUGAUUAUGAAAUUUCAUCUGGUUUUCAAAGGUCAUAUAAUUGAGAGGAAAUUGAUCGAAUUAAAAGUACAUCACUAGUUAUUAGAGCCAUUUUAUCUGGUGGCACCCAGCAGCAGGAGAUCUGUCUUUGCUGUCAGUGGGAGACUUGCUGAGGCAAUAAUAUCAGCCAGGCCUUUGCCAUAUGGUUUGCUGCAGAGAAAUGAAUAUGAUAUUGUGGGCUGGCUUGAGGUAAACAAGGCUAGGAAUCCUCCAGCGGCCUAUGCUUUGGGAAGAAAGUGCUGCUACUGAUUGGCAUUCAGCAGUUGGACCUGUCCCCAUCUCUACACUGCAGUCAUACUCAAAUAAAGCAAGUAUCUGCAGGCUUAAAGUGUGGUCUAAAUGUUUUUGUUUCUUUUUACUUAUACAUGUGAGUAUUUUGAGCUGUGCUUAGUACAGUUUUCAGUUAUCUGCCAUGUUGACUAUAUUGGAGAGUAUGGUCCCAGGAAACUACUUUCCUCACAGUAGUUGCUUUUGUUUUUUGUUUUGUUUUGCUUUGCUUUGCUUUUUAAAGCAGUUGAACGUUAUCCAAAUAAAGUCUUAUAGGCAAAUCUGUGAUUUAAAAGAGAUUAAAGAACAGUGGCUGUGGCUGAGGCAGAUCUGUGAGGCUGGAGAACAGGCUACUUCCUCCCUUCACCACAUCUGUGCUACCAUUAUAGAACACUUGUGAAUCUACAGAAUACUUCCUUUAAGCCAUCAAACUACAGCAUUCCUGCUUUUUCAGUUAUAUCUCUCUAGCCAUGUGGCCUUGGGCACAUCACUUAACUCUGAAAAAUGAUAAAAAUGACCCCACCUUCUGAAAGAGUAUGAGAUAACAGAUGUGAAAACUAACAGCUAUGUUCAAGAAAUGAUAGCUGCUAUUAACUUCCUUAUUGAGUUGCUCAGAAGAGUAUUUCUCUGAUGUGAGGUGGUGGGACAACACCUAACUAUUCUUUCCUUCUUGCCUACCUUAUCACUUUGCAGGUUUCUAUUUGGCAACCAAAAUAUUUCUCAGGCAUUUUCUUUCUUUAACCAUAUGUCUCCAAACAAAUCAUUACCUGUUCCAUUCCACUAGCUAUUCAUGUUUCCAGUAUUAAUCAGUGUCAAUAUUAUUUUUCCAUGUACAGUAUCUAAGCUUUAUUGGAAACUAGCUAAUCUUUAGCUACCAGCACAUAUAAAAUGUGCCUGGUAUAAAAUACGUUCUCACUUACUGCAUUCACUUAGUUAUCUACUCAACUCAACGGUGACUCCAGUAAUCUGAAGCCUCCUGCUGCAGCCUUCUUAUAAUGGAUAAAAAAGAAUUCUCAGAUAAGCCCUUUUAAAGAUGUAUAAAAAAGCUAAUGGGAAACAGCUGACUUAGGUCAGUUAAGGCUCUGCUUCCCUGUGUCAUUUUUCAUUAGUUAUGGAAAAUUUAAAUUACUGGAGCAGUGAUUCAGUUUUUAUUGAGCACCUACUGUAGGCCAGGUACUUUGCCAGGUGUUUAGAAAAAAUAUUUAAAUGUAUUCUUCAUAAAUUACUCCACAGUCUUUCUUGUCUAAUGUACUUGAAAUCCAUAUUUUGUUGUUUGAGACUUCUUCAGAAGCCAGGCAUAGGCUGUGUCUGAAUUACCGUGAAGUCGAUCCCAAUGUAUGCUUCAGUCUGAGAUAGUCUGCAGAGAGGCACUCCAUUGUUCCAAUCAGAAUAAAUGUGGCUUGAACUAUACAGUAUUUCUGUGAGUGAGACAAGUAAUGCUUACAUCGAUGUACUUUUUUAUCUAGUGCUUAAUAGCCUCUUAAAGAUGAAGUCCUACCCAGCUCUGUAAGAGGGAAAUGGAAAACAGCUAACAUGAGACUCAAGUCUACAUCUGACUAGGAUGCUGAUUUACACUCCGACCGUGCAGCCCCUCAGGGCAUCUCAAAGCAGAUUACAGAUAUGAAACAUCAGAUGCUUGGAUGAAUUUUACAAGCAGGGCAGUUGUGAGGUAACCUUUUAGCAAAAUGCACACUUAAGUCUCCAGACCUGUGGCUUUAUCUUGUCAGUAUCAUUAAUAUUCACAGGACCUUGUCUAAGUAUGAAGCUAGGCAGCUCUGGGACUGUAGUGCAUUCUAGUGGGAAGAUCAUUGGACUUGGAGCCAGACCUUUGUCUGGAUUCCAGCUCUGCCACUCAACUAGCUGGCUGUGUGACCUCGGGCAAUCACCACAUCACUGAGUAUCAUUUUCUCUAUAAAAUAAUUGCUAAAAUCCCUUCUAGCUCUAUAAUUUUGUUAACUGCUGCAAAAUGUGAUUGAGUUUCUCCCCAGUGUUUUUGCAUAUUACUUAUUAGAGUAGAAAAAAACUUGCACUUUGGAAUCAGUCCCAAUUGUUUGGUCCGAUUGCUUCUCUACCCUAACAAUUGUGACCUUGUCUCACUUGUUUCCCUGCUGAGCUAUAGUUUCCUAUUGGUAAAAGAAAAUGACAGUUUACAUUUUAAAGGGCAUCUAUUUUGAGAAUUAAUAAUGGAAUAAUAUAUGCAAAGUACCUAAUUUUGAAAAUGUGACUUCAUUAUAUAAGACAAAGGCUUCCUUUUCCACCAUGGUGAGCUGAUACACAUCCUUCAGGUAAAUCUUGGGAGAGAUUUCAUACCUGUAUUGGUGGAGCAACAACAUAUUCAGCACUGGUUGGCUUCUUUUUGGAACCAAGGAUCGAACUUGGAACUUUGCACUUGCGAGGAGGCAGGCGCCAGAACCACUGAGCUAAAUCCCCAGCCCUGGUUGCCUUCUUAAUUAAAAAGCCUAUUGGAGGAAGAGAGAUUGCUGAGGGUGCCAAGGAGAAGCUCAUUCACAGCAGUGCAUCCCGCUAGGAAGGCUACACUUAAAACCUAAAGUCUAAUUAUUUAAUUAAAGCAAUUAAGAAAGCAUCUUAAAUGUUUUUGAAAGAUAAAUAGAAUCAGGAUUUUUAAAAGGUUAUAUGCAGAUACUGUGUAUGUGUGUGUGUGUGUGUGUGUAUGUAGAAAAAAAUUUUAAAGCUUAGAAACAUGCAUGUUUAACUGUUCUUGUAGUUAGCUAUUCUAAAAAGAAUUUUCCUCCAGAUCAACAUUCAUUAACUCAAAUUAUAAAAAUAAGCCACAAAUCUCAUUGUUAGAUGGGAAGGGAGUCCCUAGUUUGGUCCUGCUUCCCCUACUUAUUAUCCCUAUAGCUAUUACACAGCUUCUUCACCUCAGUUUCCUUAUUUGUAAUAUAGGGAUUAUUGUACAUCUUACUGCACUGUUGUGAAAAGAUGAUAGACAUAAAACACUUAGCAGGGUACACUGAGGCAUUUUCAAAAUUACAGUAUAUUAAGUGUAUCUUAAAGCUACCAUCAUUCUUUGUGAUACAGCAAAGACACAAAACUGGUAAGGAAUCUAUGCUUCUUUUCUUAAGGAAAAUUAGUGGUCCACUGAAAUCUUGAUUGAAAACAUGAAGAUUUUGUGUAAGUCAGAUGCAUGUUUUUUCCUCUACAAGUAAAGUACGGAUUUUCUUCUGGUGACUAUAACAGCAUUACAUAUUUUCACAGAAUAAGCAGAUCUGAAAUACUAUUCACUUACUCAUGACACAUAUAAGACACCUACUGUUCAUUCUCAUUAGCAUUACUUAAUGAGUAAUGAAUCCAAAUGUAAAUCAGUCAUGAAUCUUGCAGUCAACUUGUGGUCUGACUGCAAAGAUAAGAUACGUAAACAAUACAAAUGCAUUGAAGAAUAAGAUAAAUGAUACAGGAAAUACUGUGUCAAGUGUUUGAGCACAGACUUUCUAGCUAAGAGGACCUGGUUGCUGAAGAACCUUGAAAGUGGAAAAUCAUGAAAAGACAUAUGAUACUAAUAGGAAAAGUAAGAAGUUCCUACUAGAGUGAGGAAACAUAAAAUUCAAAGGUCUAGAGAUCCAUUUGUUCAUCAUCCUUCCUAUGAGUAAUAAUUCGAGUGGUUCUCUUUUUCUUGCCCUAAGUCAUGUUAUUUCUAUAAGUAACCAUGGCUCAGUGAGGCUUCAUUCUUAAGGAAGUGGUAUGGUGUGGAUUAAAAUCUGCUUGGAUUCUUAGAGGUAGAGGGCAAAGUUUGAAAAUACAUCCUCUCCUCAGUUUUCUAAUUUGUCUCCUUACUAGGUAUCACUGAUUGGCAUAGUCUCAUAAUAAGUCUAGUACCUUUUCAAAAUCCUGAAAUAAUAAUCAAAUGACUUCCCUUCAAAAGCUUGAACCAGUCAGUUUUCUGGUUUCCAUAUAACUUUGUGGUAGAAUCUGAUUCAUUUUUUAACAUUUGCCAACAGUUUUCUCUUUUCCCCCAUAUCAGAACAUGCUCAUAAAAAAGCUCAAGUGCUUCCACUUCCAGUGUCAGCCAACAAAGUUCAAACCUAUCCACAGCCCAUGCAUGGGAACUCUCAUUCCAGCCUUGCCACCAAGUGACUUUAUAAAAGGCCAAGCUAGUCUCCUUUACUGCUCAAGCCAUUUUUGCACCACUUGGUAGUACCCACUGCUUUCCCCAGAAGCUUCAUUAUGGGAGUAAUAAAUCUUUUCAUACUUUAUUUGGUAUGAGUAGCAUCCUCAGUCUCAAUAUCUGAAGCAACUUUGGGGUGGAGAGUCUUCCAUUUUCAUGUGAGAUGACUACAGCAGUUGACACAACCUUGGGGCUUAGGAGAUCACAACCACCACUAGAGGGCUUUCUUUUCGCCAGCUGGCUCUUGCUGGCUAGAAUGUUUUCAUCACUGCUGGGAAGCUUGUUCUUUGAGCUUUGCCACAUUUGCUUCCUCAUCCAUUCUAUAUUAUAGAUCGAUUCAGCUAAGUUUGAAAUUUUGGUAAUUGGCAUUUAAGGAAAGGAGAAAGGUAUUCUGUAGUCCUUAGUCUUGGUCCAGACCUAUCAGUGAGUCUCAGAUUUAAUUGUGUGUUUGCAUUCCAGCAUAAGUGGUAACUGACAGUAGAUUUGGAGGAAUCAGUCUUAUCUUGUGACUUCUGGUUAGUUGUCCUGACCAGACAUUGUCUCUUUUCUAUAGACCCUUCUUGGGAAAUAUGAUACCCUAUACAAUAUGCAGCCUGUUAGUGGUCACUCAUGUGGAGGAAGGCUACAUGAAAUGCUGUGACUUACACUUCUAAAAGCAGACAGCUCAUUAGGACUUUUUAAAAAAUGCCUUUAUUGCUGUCCUACCUGUACCACUGUGAACAAAAAAAAAAAUCUGAUCUUUAGGGUUAUAGGAAAAUACAUGACACAUCCAUAGUUUCACCAAGGGAUUAAGUCAAACCUGACUUAAACCAAGACUCCUUAUACCGUGUAAGGCAAUUAUUGCCAUCUGGGGAAGCCCUAAUCCUGACGAUACAUAUCUGUGACUGGAAGAAGAAAUGUAAAUAUGAACAGGAUAAAGAAGAUUGCCCCCCAACAUCUAUAACUUGAGGAAAAAACAUAAAUAUAAACAGGAAAAGAUUGCCCCUCCAACACACACCAAACUGUAUAGCGUAAUUACCCCCCAAAAAACACUUUGAGGAAGAGGAAACAAAACCAGCCAAACUAGAAGUUCAAAACUUGACCUAAUUAGAAAUAUAAAACUUACUAAAAGAAUGUAUAUAGCCAAAACACAGCAAGAUAAAAGGUUGCUAAUUGACUUGCACCUCUACAACCUGAGUUCUCAGUUAACAUCUGCCAAAAUUUAAUCGUCAAACCUUCACAGCCUUAAGACUAAGGCUCAAAGUAAUUAUACCUGAGAAUUCUCCUAAUUAUAAGCAAGAUAGCCCUAUAAUCUUGGGACAGUUUCUGAGAAUAUUUGAGUACUUAUGUAUGUUUCAUCUUAUUCAUCAGAACUUGCCUUGCCUAAAUUCCCCACAGCCAUAGCACUCAUUAUCCUAAAGUAUCCCAUAGUGGGCAUGGCUGCUUUUAACCAAUGAGUAAUAAAGUAAGUCUUUGGUACUUAAUAAUUGUUUUUGCCAAAAUGGUACUGCAUGGACCUUCCCCUCCCCCCAUUAGUUAAAAUAGUUAAUAUGGUGUGGUUCAAAUUAAAUCAAGGUCUUCAAAAUUUGAAACCCAUAUAUUAGACCUACUUAUGAAAGAGUUAACUAUCCCCACUGCUCCACUAUUUAAUGGCUCAAUUUAGCCUGCUCUUAAACCUACAAAUAAUUCAUGGCACCUCAUAAUGGAUUGCUGCAAUCUUAAUGCCAAGGUUCCCUACCAUACCAAAUAUUAUUGAUGAGUAACUCUAUUCAACCAACACUGGUAAAUACUUUGCAGUCAGAAUUGGCUAGCAUGUUCAGUGCCUAUUUUACCUGCUUCUCAGCUGAUUUGUCUUCAAAGAGACACAAUACCCCUUUUUUCUUUUGGCUACUCCAAGGGUACCUUAAUAGUCUUGCUCUCACAUAGUCUGUAGACAGGGUCUUAACCACAUCCAGUCUUUUCCAGGACCACAGUAAUGAUAUCAUACUGAUUAUAUCCUCCCCUAAUGAGAUUCAUUUGAUGCAUUCAUUGAGGACAUACAUUCACAAAAGGGUUCAUAAAACAGGAUGGACACACCAUUAUCCCACACACAGUACCCCAGUUCUUGCCACCUUGGUUCAAUUCCUGGAAGGUAUUUAGCUGAGAGCCACUCCACCCUUGAUACUGCCAAGUUACAGCAUCCAUAGUAUUAAAAUAACUGGGAUAUGUGUUAGGCCUUUUAGGAUUCUAGAGACAGCAUAUUCCUCAUUUACAAACUUUAGCCCAUUUCGGCUAUUACAAAUUUACACAUCUUGAUCUGUGUAACAAAAGGCUCUAGAAUUACAAUACAAUAUUACACUGAAAGGCUUUAGCAGUCUCUGUUCAUGUCUAGUGAAGCCUAUGGAUCAUAUUUGAUGGCUUUAAAUUGUUCGUGGACAUCUGGGGCAAAAAAACUGCCUCCUGACCCCAUACCAUAUGCAAUUACUAGAUACAUACCAGACUCUCCUGGUAACAGUUCGGUCGUCACAAUCCCUGAGCUUGUAACCGCCCCCCGCCCCCACACACAGCUGCCUAUUAUGCCUUAGGUCACGUAAACAGAACCCUGAAAGCUUAACAUAGCUACUUGAGGCCUCUUUGCUGCACUCCACAGUCAAACUUGGCAUGCACCCUCUGCAGUAAACAGUUCCAGCCGUCCCUAGUCUCUUGCCAGAUGUUACAGUACUGAUGAGAUUUGCCCUCUUUCCCAGAUCUCUUGGAUAUUUGUGGAGCUCCUUGGAACCAAUUGAGUUAACAGCAGACAAUUUAUACAUUUUAUAGAUGAUAUCACUACCAUUAUGUGUGGUAGAUUCUUCUCUAAAGCUGCGUAUUUUUAACCCUUAUUUGGGAUGUCCUGGGUAAUGGGACAAGACCCAAAUCAACACAACUAACCUCUUGCAGUCUUUUUGUUGUUGUUGUUGUUUUUUUUUGUACCGGGGAUCGAACUUGGGUCCUUGCGCUUGCACAGCAGGCGGCGAAACCACUGAGCUAAAUCCCUGGCCCUUUUUUUGUUGUAGUUGUUGUUGUUGUUUUUGACUUGCAGUCUUUUUGAUACUGGAUGCCCUGGGUGACAAUCUGUCACAUCUGGACAGUUCUGUUGACUCUUGAUUCAUUGUCAAUGAUCUGCUCAUCUGUCCCUACCAAUUGCAGCAAAAAUAGUUCUCUAUCCAAGAUUGCCUUUUAGGGGAAAAGAACUCUCUGAAUGUCUUUCCUCACAGAUAGCAAAAAUACAAUUCACACUAAAUCCACAAUAAACGACCUCACUAAGACAUUACUUAUACUUUCAGUAUCUAGACAAUGCUGAUAGUGACCAAGGCAGUCAUUUUAUUUCUUAAAAUACACAGUCUUGGGCUCUUGUAGAGGGAUUUAAGGGAACUUUUACCUCCCUUUUCAAUCUCAGGCUGCAGACCUAGAGUCCCAUAGUGACUUACUAAAACCAGUUCAAUUAAAUGAAACAUGGCACAUUUUAGUAAUCAACCAGAUAUCAGGGGUGGACUGUUAUAAUGAUUCUGACUCCACUUUUUGUAUUUGAUUUCUUUCAAAUUGAAUUAUUCCCCUUUCCCCUUCAUUCUCACUUCUGGGCAAGAUGAUAAGAAAACCUAUGUGCUCCUACCUUUGGAGCUUCAAAACAAGCACAUGCCAGAUAGCAUAUAGGAACCAAUUCCAACCUCACCCUACUCUACUACUCUGUAACAGCCAAGCCAAUCUUCUUUCCUUGUUUUCUCAAGCUACUUUGGGACCUGCUUUGGAGCCCCGCAUUGCUCUCCUCAAAAAGUUUCAUUAUGUCAGUGAUACAUCUUUUUGGGGUGUGUGUGGCAUCAUCUGUCUCAGUAUCUGAGUGGGUUUUGGGAGGACUAUCCCACUACAGAAUGAGCGACAACAAAUGUUUAAAUAUUCAUAAUAUGAUAAAUAAAAUUUUUAUGUUUAAUUUCUGAGCAAUCAUAUGAAUAAAGGUGAAUGUUUUGUGAAAUUCCACUUAAUAUUGAAUUAAAAAUAAAUCUAUUCGUCUCUCAGGCCUCGGGAUCUAAAACCUGUUUGACAAAUUUAAUGAUUCUGUAAAACUGUUAGAAAUAAAGUUAAGUGGAAGAUGUCAUGGCUCAAAAGAUGGAGAGGCAAACAUAUGUAUAUCACUUCACCUGAUCCAAGACUUAAGGACUGAAUCUAGGUGAAUAAAACUUCUGCACUAGUUGAUACCCUACAGGAAAGGUCACAUAAGGAUGUAGCACAUAUGCUCUGGACCCUUGAUAGAACACUUAAUUGUUAGCUAGACAAAAGAAUAAAGAAUUAAGCAAAACCAUAAAAGUAUAUAUUCUUCCCUUCUCCUGUGGUGAGAAUGGCCACUUUUUCUCUUCAGUGAAACAUAUAUUAACUUCAGUCACUUAAUAUAUACUAGGAAUGUUCUUCAGUGUCCCAUAAUAUUUUAUGCAAGUGAAAUUUGGCCAAGCUGAGCAGCAUGGGUAUCCUCUCUGAUUGCAAUAAAUAAAAUGUCAAAAACAAUCCUGAGUGCUACAAGGGAAAAUAGCUCCCUAAGGAAACACACGGCAAAAGGGGAACUUAAUUUUCAUUCUAGAUGAUAUUGUCCUUUCUGACUUCAGUUACCUAUGCAACUCCUGCAAAACCUGUGUAUUUUAGGUCGUCUCUUACUUUUGAUCACCACACUGGUAGCUACCCAAUUACCCAUUUUAUAUUGCCAGCUAUAUAUCCUUAGGAACCUUAGACUCAGCAUAUUUAAAGCUGAAUGUAGCUCUACCCUAACUAAUGCUCUUUCUCUUUUUCACCUUUGAAAUAUCCGCAUCAGACAUUUAAGCCAGAAAACUUGCAAGCACCACUAAUCAUUACCCUCACAUCUUGCACCUCCUAGUAUUCAGUCCUAAAGUUCUCAUCUGCUGUCAUUUGAGUGUGGUUUGAGCAUCCACCAAGAGUCCAUUUUGAUUGAAGCUUUGGUCCUCAGAGUGACACUGUUGGAAGGUGGUGUAACCUUUGGAAAGUGGGGCCAAGUGGGAGGCCCUUAGGUUUUGAGAUGCAUGUCCUUGGAAAGUAGGUCUUGUGGGACUCCUUGGUAGUUUUCUGUACUAUGGGUUGUUAUAAAAGUCUGAGUUUGGUCUCACCCAGGUAUCUGCUUUCUGGUUCAAGACACUUCUGCUUGCUCCAACAUGAGCUUCCACUGUUGCUGUAUAUUGCCCUAGCCAAAGACAAAUCUAACAAGGUCUGCUUAAUUUGGUGCUUGGAGCCUCCAGAACUUCAAAAUAAAUAAAACUUUUUAUAAAGUA